GAGGAGAUGGGGCUGGAAUGGGAGCAAAUGGGAUUGGAGAAUUCUCUGGCGAGAGAGAACUCACAGAAACCAAGAGCUCCUAAUGCUGGAGACAACCGGUGUGCUGAUAAAGCCGUCAUGCAACUGACAGGCCAAGCGAAGGGGUCAGAAGUACAUGAUACCUCGUUGCUUUUUGUAGAAAACGUGGCCAUCUGUCUUGACAAUAAUAUCGUUUCUAGCUCCAAGACAAAGUCGGAUGAGCCUUUCCCAUUGAGAAUGGAGCAUUCUCAGUCAGCAUUCUCACUGUAUGAGCCCUAUCAAAACGGGAGGGUGCCAGUAGUGGAUGGGGCAGGAAGGGAAGGGGGAAGGGGGCGAGGCCCUUCCCGUGGACGGAAGGCACACUCAGGUCACCAGCCCAGUUCAGUGGCAAUGGGUACAGACACCGAAAGUGCAGGCUCCAUUUGCUGCACAAGCAGGCAAGGUGUUGGAGCUCCGAGUGGCAGUCAGGUUGAGGCAGAUGUGGAGGGACCAGAACAAAUUCCAAGGCGAAGGCUUGGCUCCCAGGCUCUCGGUGGCCGGAAAGGGACGGAAGUAGGAACGCUAUUGUUCAGUCCUUGGCUGGAAAAGCUCAAGAGUGGUAGUGGCAGCAGUGGGCUGGGUUCUGCACAACACAGAAGUGGACAACUUGGAACGAAGUUUGGAGGCCCUGGAAGACUUGCAAAAUCUGAGGUUAUACCAACUCCUAAGCAACACUCCCAGACAGGAUUACUGCAUUCACAGCUAAGGCUAACUGGUGAUGUUAAUAGAACUUGCCCGCAGAUGUUUCAGCAAGGAGAGCCCUCACAUGUUAUCCAUGCAAGCACUUGCAACGAUUCUGGUGGGAGUGGUGGUCGUAACAGUGGUGGGAGACAUAGGCAGUUCUUGGCUGCCGGGAGGGGAUCUCCCAAGGAGGCAAAUGUGAGGCAGUUGAGCGGUCUUCAAUCGGAACUACAAACACUGGAAGACCCAUCAUCUCAAGGACCGUAUGCAAGGGCAAGCGAGCCGCCCAAGGACGAUGCUACUCCAGAGAGUGAGGCUACUCACAUAUUGCGGGCUGGUGUUCCAUACAGCCAGGAGCAAAUCAUGAGGGAUGUGGACUCUCCACAGGGUGCCAAGGAAAGGGUGGAAGAGGAGCUUGAGGAACACACCGAAGAGGAAGUAAAGCAGAGCGGAGCUUCCAGGCUGUGUGAAGGAAGCCAGAAGACAGGGAAGGGAAGAUGGCAGUGCUCAGUAAAGAUGGAUGUGGAAGUGCGAGCUGAAAUGAGUGGACAUGAUGGAAGUGGUGAUAUGGCGGAGAUGGUGGCUGGCCCAUCCAGAUUUCAACCUCCUUCCCUGCGUUUUGAAAGGCCAACCCACAGAUGCGAGGAGCAGAUACCUGUCGCUGAACGCAAUGGCCGAGAUGGCAAGGUGAAUAUCAAUGCCACAAUAGGGAGCGUGGAAAGAAUGGUUCCAUCUGGCUUAAUUAGGAAGGCUGCUGGAUUUGAGCACUCACCCGUUGUUGAAAACACAGCCGGAACUCCCAUAGAAACUGGGGGUGAUGCUGCUACUGCUCUUCAAAAUGAGAAUGCGACCGACUCACUGGGAAAGGCUGGAAGCCGAGAAUCUGCUGGGAAUGUUCCCUCGCAAGUUGUUUUGUGGAUGACUGGCCGGGAUGGUAGGGGUGGUGCUGCUGUGGAAAUAGGAGGACGGAAAAUGGUGGAGACAGCUGAUGGAGGGGUAGGCUUUGCUAGGAGGUCUAUAGUCCGAGAGAUGCCUCCAAUCAGAGGCCUGAAUGAAAGAAUAGUUGCAAGUUCGGGAGAAAAAGCAGAAGUUAACAAAGGGGGUGUUAAAACAGUCCGUAGUUUUGCUCCGUUCAUGAAACUAAUGUAUACUGAGAACUCGGACAAUGCAGAAUGGUCAGGCGCCCCAGGGUGGCAUAGAGAGGGAAGUCAAAGCUACCGUUCGUUCCCUGCGGCCAUGAAAUCACGAGGAGGGGGAGACGAUGCAGGGACAGGGUGCAUUUUGGCAGGUGGAUUGGCAGUGCCAGGUGCUUCAGCUGUGCCAAGUUCAUGUCUGCAUGAUCCUGGUGGAUCUUCACCACCAUCUCACCAAAAGGGGGUUGAUUGCAAGUUUGUUGCAGGAAAACCGGCUGCCCAGCUUGAUGCCUUGCCUGGAGAAUAUGGAACUGCUCAGUUGAGGUUCUCAGGUAGCAGAGGUCUUGUUCAUCCGUAUAUGGGAGCAGGUCAGAGUGUUGGGAAGCCCCCACAUUUUGGAGCUGCAGAUAAGCUGGAAGGUGUUGGAGAUGCAAUGACUGCAGAGGGUCUAUCAUCCGCACAAGAUGGUCCACGUGGGAUGCCAGCUAUCUGUAUUUUUCAGCCCCAUGCCAAGUGGGAGGCUUCUCCUUGCACUUGGGGUCGUCAUCAGGGAUCUGACCAGGCAGCUCCGCCCCAAGUGGAGGGGAAAGAGGGGGGGGGAGGAAAAGGAAGUGAUGACAGUUCGGCGGAGUCCCCCAGACGGUUUGACAAUCAAUUCGGGAUGGGAAAACUGCAGUUGGGCAAUUUCCAGAUGGGGAGAAAAGACAGAUCACCCUCUCGCACCCCUCCUGAUAUUUGCAAGAAAUGCCGAAAGCCCAAGGUAGGCAAGGGCAGUGCAGCACUGCUACCCACCUGUAAGUGUGCAGGACAGGGAGGGUCAGGGAGUACCUAUGGACGUCAUAGGCUGCGAGCAGGAGGGACAGGAUGUGAUGAACGGGGUCAUGGAGAUCCCUGGACAGCUAGGGACCGUGAAGAUGGUGUGUGGCAGGAGUGCAGUAUCUCGCAAUGUGUGAAGCCUGAUAGAAAUAUGGCAGCAGAAGGUCCAACAGCAAGUCCUGGAGACAGAGCAGCUCAUGAUGCCAGAACUGGGAUGGAAAGAUCAGUAACACCAACGGAGCAAAACAUCCCUUUCUCUGGUGGCCUUGUUGAUUCAAGGAGGCACCACGAGAGGUCUACCUUCAUUGGGCAAGGCGAAUUGUUAGCCUGUUCAGGUGGGGCCGUGGAUGGGAUUCCUCACAGGCAAAAACUUAGUGAUAAACGAUUGGGCCAGCGUGGUUCUGGCAAGAAGGGUGGAAGCAGUGAUGGCAAAAGCUCAAGGGGAAAGAACGGGAGCGAUGACAGUAUCGCCAUCCGUGCCCAUGGGCUUGAUCAGGGGACUUGUCAUGAGCUUCUGGCUGCGUCGGGAGCCGUGGCAGGAGGGUGUGCAACUGGUUUUGGACGCCUUGAGGCAGAUGCAAGAGAGGGGACCAAUUGUAAUGACAACCUCACUCCAAUGGUCAUGAACAGGAUGCUUCUGGGGAAAAAUAGUGGACUUUGUGGAAGGGCAGAUGCACCAGGAGGUGCUAUGUCCAUGGAAAUGUUGUCUGCUGAUGCUGCAGUUGGCUGUGGCGUAAGAGUUGACAAUGUUUCAGGGGCGGCGAUAGGUAGAACAUUGACCACAGCUGUAGAACCUGUAGUGUUGCCUUCAGGUGGUAAACAUGUGCCAUUGAUUGGCACACCGUUUGGGAGGACUUCAGCCGGGGGUGCACAAGAAACUUUAAGUGCAAACUUCCUUCAAGAAUUGGGUCAGCACGUGGGAGAGCAAGCAGCACAGGAAGAUUUGGGGAAAGCAAGAGUCCCCUCAGGUCUGAACUGGGGGCUUAUGGGGAUUCUGGGAAGAAGGGAGCAGUCGGAUGAACAACAGCGCAUGCCACCACCACGUUUUGGAACGUUGCCUGGUCUCAGGAAGGACGGUCAGCCUCAAUGGGCAGCUGGUGGUAUGCUGAGUUUCCCUGGCACUAGCUGCAAACUGGUGAGUUCGGACCACUCUUCCAGCCCUGGGACAGGGCAAGGGCAAACUGAUGGCGAGGUUCACAUUGAGCAGGAAGUGGUUAUCAGAAAUGGGGUAACCUUUGUGAGGAGGCGGCAUGUAAGGAUGCAGAUGUUAGCAGGAAAUCCAGCCAGGGAAUCAUUACUUAAUAAUCUAGAAAGGAGGAGGAGCAUGAUUGGCUUGACUGUGCCCAGUUCUGCUUCAGAAAUAGUCCGGCAAUCCAGAAGGCUUGACGUACAACAGCAAGUUGAAACUGCUAACACUGGUGCCGAACAGGAAGUUUCUGACCAUGCCCGCUUGAUGAGCUCGCUGGGGGAUGGGAUGGGGAAACUGAAUGUUCCCUUUUUUGAGCCAUGGGAUAAAAUUGCGAGUAGGGAGGCAGCCAGGGAGGGCAACAUGGGGAACAUGCAGAGAGGUGGAGGAGGUAAUCUUCUCAUCAACACGAAAACUGCAAGUGGCUCCACUACAGCAAGCCUGCCUUUGGAAAUUUUCACACGCUUUCGAAAUGUCAGCAGAGGCGGAGACAUUCGAGGGGAAGCGGAGAUUAGCCAUGGAGGGUCAAGUGUUUGCGGUCGUAGGCGGGAUGAGGAUGAAGAGAGGACAAUUGUAGGAGGAACUGGGAACGUGGAUGGGUUCUCUGGACACGUGAAUACUGAUGAUGCUGGAGGUUCUGAUGAGGAAAAGAGUCGAGAAGGGAUUGAGCCAGCAAUAAUAGCACCUGAACAUGCCCCAGACAAUAAGGUGGAUGUGUGUGAUCUAGUUUCUAGCCAGAAACCUAAACGGCAUGGAUACCAAUUUUCCAGUCACUGCAGAAACGAAAGGGCAGUAAGAGCGAGUGUUGGCAAGGAGGAUGUGGGGUCUAUUCUAGCCACUGAAACGAUUCAUGAUGAGUCAUUGCCAUCCUAGGAGAGCCAUGCAUGCUGGUGAUGAUCACCUUCAGGAGUGAUGGCCCUGCUGUGCUCUGCAAAUCUUGUCUGCCUACUUGUGCUGUGAUGCAUUCUGCAGCAGUGCAAGAACAUAUGCCACACUUUUUGGGUUGCUUAAGGGCAUUCCAGCUGAGUAUGACCCAGGUUGUCAGACAAUAUGUUCUGCAGUCCCCUGUGAACAGUCAGCAAAUCAUGGAGAUCAAGGCGGAAGCGAUGACAACAGGUACACGAAAAGAUCAUAUGCAUCACCACUUUCUGGCAUGUGCAAAGCAACCGUCUUCUGAGCAGAUUCCUGUCCCUUACCUCACUGUUCCCGUGUGCAGCGGUUGACAACGGGGAUCUGGAGGGACGGUGUGAAAGCACGCGCCAUGCACAUAAAGGAUCUGACCCGGAGGAUUGCGGACAUUCUGAGGUAUUUUGAGUGGCGAGUCUGGUGACCUCAAUAGGGGCAGCAGGUGAAGCGUAUGGGCCAUGCUUGUGACGGAUCUGACUUGAAGAAGGAAUUCUCUGGUGCAGGGGCAAUUUGUUGGGAUCUUUGAGGGCCUUGAUGUGGGUCGCAUAUCACCAUAACUGGCUGUGAUGGCCAUGAGCCAAGCGUUGGCACUCUCAGAGACCAAGGUGUAGCAAGUGGAUGAUUUUUUUGAAGACUAUUCAGCAAUCAUGAUCACGUGAUUCAAGACAGGAGGCUCUUCUUAUCAGCUCAGAUAUGUUUUUCCGGGCUGUUGAUGCAAGACGAAUGUCUUUGCUGGAGGUUUAUCCAGGGCGCAAGGCAUGCAGACCCCCAAAUGAUUGAUGGUUCAGUGACACACGCAAAGAGGUUAUUGUCUCUACCAGUGACGUUUAUUUUCUGUGCACAGAAGUAAGUUGCCCGUGUACCGAUCAUGUCUUCUCAUCUUUUACUGUUGUGCCUUGUGCU